GCCGCGCCGCUCCCCCGGCUGCGGCCGGCUGGCUUGCUCUUCAAGUGGCGCGCAGUGGGGCAAGCGGCCGGCGAGGAGCGGGGUGGCGGGAGCAAGAGGAGGGCGUGCGGAGCCUGGUGUCCUGCGGCGGGAGCCAGGGUCCUGUCCCUGGGCCCGCGGAGGAGGGCUGGAGGUGGCGGGGCCCGGCGAGGCCGCGAUGAAGCGCGGCAGCGAGGACGCGGCGGCGCCCGCGGGGGACCCCUGGGCGGAGUGCUUCGAGGCGGCUGUGCAGCUGGCGCUGCGCGCGGGACAGAUCAUCAGGAAGGCGCUCACGGAGGAAAAGCGCGUCUCCACGAAGACCUCAGCUGCGGAUCUCGUGACGGAAACAGACCACCUCGUGGAAGACUUAAUCAUUUCCGAGUUGCGGGAGCGGUUUCCUUCGCACAGGUUCAUUGCAGAGGAGGCUGCGGCCUCCGGGGCCAAGUGCGUGCUCACCCCCAGCCCGACCUGGAUCAUCGACCCCAUCGAUGGCACCUGCAACUUCGUGCACAGAUUCCCCACUGUGGCCGUCAGCAUUGGAUUUGCCGUGCACCAAGAGCUGGAAUUUGGAGUGAUUUACCACUGCACGGAGGAGCGGCUGUACACGGGCCAGAGGGGCCGGGGCGCCUUCUGCAACGGCCAGCGGCUGCAGGUCUCCAGGGAGACAGAUCUCGCCAAGGCCUUGGUUCUGACAGAGAUCGGCCCCCGGCGCGACCCCGCCACUCUGAAGCUGUUCCUGAGCAACAUGGAGCGGCUGCUGCACGCCAGGGCCCACGGGGUCCGAGUGAUCGGAAGCUCCACCUUGGCGCUCUGCCACCUGGCCGCCGGGGCCGCCGACGCCUAUUACCAGUUCGGCCUGCACUGCUGGGACAUGGCAGCCGCCACGGUCAUCAUCAGAGAAGCAGGUGGCAUCGUGAUGGACACCUCAGGUGGGCCCCUCGACCUCAUGUCCUGCAGAGUGGUUGCUGCCGGCACCCUGGAGAUGGCGACGCUUGUGGCGCAGGCCUUGCAAACUAUCCACUAUGGGCGGGACGAUGAGAAAUGACAAGGAGCUGCCCUCGCAAAGCAGUGCGGCCCGAGGACCAGGACUCGGCCUUUGGGGGGAGGGCUGCUGUUGGCCUGGCGGACCGUGCUCUGGGCCGGGCGUCUCAGCUGCCGACCCCAGCUUGCGGCAGGUGGCUGGCCUCUGCAGCCCACGCCUCCAUCACUGGGAGUUGGUGUUUGGCCGGGUUCUCUUCUCUGAUCCGACACAGCCCUUGUCAGGUCAGUCCCCGUCCUUCUGUCAGGGCCAGCACCCACAUGCCAUAGGAGCCGCGCCGCGGCCAAGCCGUGUUGUGUUGACUCCCCAUGCACAUCUCAGGUAACGACGCUUUGAAACUGCUGAUGCAGUGGACUCUUCUCAGGCCUUCCCCGGGUGCUUCGGAAUGCAAUAAAUGAACCCAACGGCACGCGCUUGUCUGUGCCUCCCUACGUGUUGCCAGCGUCGCUGCAGAUCUGGGCUCAGCAGGAAGGUGGGCGUGGUACUCCCCCCCUCCCCGAGUUGACAGUGCUGUGCACUGCACGCCACUUACCCGUGAUUCCCUUGUCAGCAUUCAGAAUCCAAGACGGGGACAGAGCGAAGGGAGGCUCACCUCUGAGAUGCUGCUUCUGUGGGCAGAGCCGGGAGGAGGAUGUGUGCCCUGUGCUCCGGGCCUUGUUUGUUUCUCUUCCGGAGGUGGAAUCUUGCGUGGAGAAAGAAUUCUGUUGAGGCUCAUAGCGUCAGGCCAGUGUCUUUCCUCGAGCUCUGGAAUUGAGGGCGGUCAGAAGACCAAACGGCUCUUAACUUUCUGCUCUUCCUAAUAACUGGCCAUCAGGAAGCACAGGUGUUAGUGGGGGAGUGGGCCUCCCCCUGGUGCCUGUUGGCUCUGGCUCCUGGGUGCCUGAGAGGUGGGGCUGGCAGGUACCUGCUCACUCACACCCUGCUGUGCCCCCACAGAGGCCCAGCGAGCGAGGCUCCCACUCCCGCCACAGGGCCUCUGCUCUGCACUCCCAGGGCUACUCAGCACCCUUCACGAUCCAGGGUGACCCCCCCUCGAGGACAGCCUCACUACACACGGGAGACCCCAGAGAGUGAUUCUGCAGGGAAUUAUUUUCAGGAAUAAAAUACUCCAAUGCCUGA